CACUCUUUAACUUCUUCAUAGCUCUACAGUAUGCCAAGCCUUUGCAUUUCCUUCCCAGAAGCAAUGGCUUGACACGCGUUUCAUGCUUUGCGGAUUCCUUGGGCCAGACACCCUUUCUUUCCCUCGACUUUCCAAAGGCACAAAAUGGCCAACGUCUGCGAUCUGCCAGAAGACGUUUUGAUCGAGAUCCUGAUCCGGAUCCCGGCGAGGGAAUUAAUCCGCAACUGCCGCCCGGUGUGUCCGCUUUGGCGGGACUUGGUCGACCUGCCGAGCCUUUGGAAGCGCAAAUGCCAACGUGACGGAUAUCACGCCAGGAACCCGGAGAAAACCCCUCCGGACUGGAAGAUCCACUACUUCCUGUGCAGCUUGGAACGGAACCUGAUCAAGAACCCAUGCGCAGAAGACGGUUUUAGUCGCUGGAGCAUAGACGAGAACGGCGGGGACGAGUGGAAAAUUGAGGCCAUCCCUGGGGCUCAUGGGCGCGGAUUCCCUCACCCGCAUGUUCAGAAGUACUUUGUCACAUCCUUCUACUCCUGCAUCAAGAGCCAGAUGAUCACCUUGAAGAAAGAAGGCUACUGGGAUGAGCUGAUGGACGAAGUCAGGCCGGACAUCGUGGUCAAGGACUGGCCUCGCACACUUUCCAUGACUACCCUCCGGGCGUGCGCCACAUCCUCUUCCGCCACGGAGGCCGCGACACGCAGUUCUGGUCCGGGUGGUACGGGGUCCGUGUCACCAACUCCAGCCUCUCCGUCGGCCCCGAUGUGGCCCCGUGAUGCCCCACGCCCUGCGCGUACCUCGUACCUCCUUUUGCAAAACGCAAGAAAUCAACAACAACGUGAAAAGCACCAACGGAAGGAGCGGAAAGCAUCAGAGGAUUAUUUAAUAUCCGGGGGAAACCCCACCGAUGUAAACAAAGUCACAUAUAAAUAGGAUUUAAGACCAAGAACCCCAUAGAGAAAAACAACAGGGUUUGAAUGACAUCCUCACUGGUUCCUCUUAAAUGCACUCUGCGAUAUUUACGAAGGCUUGAUCAGGUCCCUUUCUGAGCCCGCUCUUCGACAUACAGCUGCAUCUGUUGGGAGGAAAUAAUCCAGAAAUAAGCUCCAAAGCAAGGGAUGUAGUAAGAUCUGGUUCGUAGUAAAGUUGUAGUAAAGUUGUAGUAAGGUCGGCUCACCUUUAGAAGGUCCGACGUCAUGGUCUUCAGCGGGAUCAGGCGUGGGUCAUGCAUAUGGACGUCCUGCUCGUCGGCCAGGAUCCAAGGGAAAUCCUUUGCGGAGGAAAAACAAAACGGGUUUGUUGGAUGGAGUUGACAUUAAAUACGUUAUAUUGCGUUUCUAAUCCUGGAAUUAAAAGAAAAUGCCGCUUUCUCACCUUGA